GGGCCUUGUUUGAAAAAACGAGGCGGUGGUAGCGGUGACCCAUUUUGGGGGUGGGGGGUGGGGUGCAAGGCUUGUUUUGGGGUGAGUUUAAGGAAAGUCUAAAUUGUUUUAAUAAGAGGUUAUUAUAUUUUGUGCUGCAUAUUAUAUUGUUGUUAUUAUAGGUUAUGUUUUACAUUUAAAUAUUAUCUCUGAAAUCUAUGGAUGGGCAUCUGUACAAGCUUAAUAAGCAACAUGCAUAAAUUUAGGAAGCUCUCUGUAUCUCUUAGCCUAACCUCCCUGGACACUGGCAAGGUUGUUGCUUGGAGGAGGUUGCAACUGUGAGCCGCCUUGGGUGUGUUGACCAGAAAUAUAUAUAUAUAUAUAUAUAUAUAUAUGAGAAAGAAAGUUAAGAUGUGGAACUGGGUAGCUGCUGUGUGCUGUGACAAUAUCUACAAGCUUUAAUGGUUUCAAAAGAGGAUUAGACGAAUCUAUGGAGAGAGGUCUGUUAGGGGUUAUUAGCUGUGAUGAAACCUCCAUGUUCAGCAGCAGUAUAGCACCAGUUUGUGGGGAUGGGGAGCAACAGCAAGAGAGGGCUUAUCCUUUAAUGCCUUGCUUGCUGGAUUCCUGGAUGCAUCAGACUGUGUCGGGAACUGCCUGGACCCUAUGGGACUUAUUAAUACCCUAAAUAUAAUUUGUAUAGAACUGGGGGGGGGUGUUGGUUUUUUAAUAAGGGUGGCGUGUGUGAAGAGCCACAGAAGUGUGAGGAGAAAGGAAGGCGCAAGAGAUGAAUAAUGCAGUUACUUUGGCUUUGUUUCAGUAGUGGCUCAAUAGCGAAGUUUGGGGUGUGGCACCCCAGGAAAACAGAUGCCAUACCACUGAGCUGGACUAGUUUUAAGUAAGAAGGCCAGCAAGUGGGGGGGGGAGGGUAAAGCCUGAGGUUGCUAGGGUAGUGCCCCAUACACGCAGUAAACUUUUUUUACCUCUCAUGGACCCUAAAUCAUCCCUUUACCUAUUACAGCUCUUCUGCUUUCCCAUUCUUCAGUUUCUCUCCUCACUUGCCCCCUUCUAAGUUGUCUGUUCUAGGGCAUAUAAAGCACCACAUUUCCUCAUUAUUCUGUCCUGGGUUGCAAAUGGCAAAUAGUAUCCUCAUCUUCCUUUUUGGCAUCAAGUAGAGUUGGCGAUAUGUCACUAUAUUGUCUGAAACUGGUUUGAAGUCUGUAUUGAGAUACUGGUUUCAUAAUUUUUGACCUAGCAAUAUAUUGUGAAUCAUGAUGUGUGUUUGUGAGUGCUGUGCAACAGUCACGAUGCAGGGAAAACCGUGAAGCCAGCCAAUGCCUCUGCAUAGCUCCAUACAUUGUGAUAUACCAACAUAUUGCAAUGUUUAGCUGGAGAUAUAUUGCAAUGUUGAAAACCAGAUAUCCAGCCCUAGAGUCAAGUCUCUUUUUUAUAUAUUCUGUGUUUGUGAUUCUGGGACCAACAUGUGUGCAUGUGUGGGUUUUUUAUCGUCCAUUUCCCCACAGAAAUUGAAGCGUCAGAUGCGCUGGAGCACCUGCUUACUUAGUACUGAAGACUAAAGCUACUUGUGGAUCUGAAAGCACACCCUGUGAGGAUACCUGGCUGAAAACAUGGCAACUCAAGUAGUCCAACUGUCCAACCAGUCAGAUGUCAACCUGACCAGAAAGGUGAACCUCAGAAUGCCCCUGAAGAUCCUGGAGCCUGGUCGGUCAAAGCUAUCCACUGUUGAGACCAAGAGAAUUAUAUCUGUGAUGGACGAUACCAUCUUUAAGGUGGAGCUGGUCAGCGCAUUCUCUUACAUCAUCAAGAACCUUGAGGAUAUGAGUGCAGUGUUGGGACCUGAACUUACAGGGGCUCUUAAGGAACACCUGCGGCUUUCAAACGUUAUGGAGGCUACGCUCACCCGCCUUGAAGAGGAAGGGGUUUUGCAAAAGGGCACUGCCAGGGGGUGGCUCAUUGACACUGAGGAUCCAAGUGGCUACCUUGUCUUGCACAUACAAGGCUUAAGGUCUUCUGUCCGAAAUAUUGUACGCCUGUUUUUUGCUCAUCCCUUAGCUUAUCAGGCAAUACAAGAUAUUGCCAGUUUCAGGCAGCUGGCUGUCUCACACUUCAUUAAAGGCCUUGUGGAGCUCAGGGGGUUCCUGCUUGAGAAGCUUCUGACUACCCCGUUAGAAGAAAGAGAAAGAAAUCGGUUUAUACAUGAAAUAAGUCAGCGAGACAAGAAAAACACAGAGAUGAUUGCAGCUUUGGAGGAGGAACUGGCAGCGGAGAUCAAGAGUCGUGAUGAUGAGGUACAAUGGGGUGGCAGCAGUGGGGCAGGCAGUUUGGGAUUUGACUGGUCCAGAGCAGUCGUCCAGCCCAAAACUGUAUCAAAAGAAUUGCAAAAUAUCGCACAACCAGAAAGGCUGAUGGCAGGGAAAAAAAGAUGUUGCUGGACUACAACUCCCAGCUGCUCUAGCAUAGCCAGUGGUGAGGGAUGAUGGGAAUUGUAGACCAGCUACUUCUGUAGAGUACCACAUUGGCUACCCACUGUUAGAAAAGGAGUUAUCUCCCAGCUUCAGCUUUCAGCUGUGCCUUUUGCAAGGCUAUAGGAUCAGUAGACAGCUCCAGUAUAAUAAAGACUGGAGGUGCCAUUGGUUGAUAUUGUUGAUUUCUUAAAACUUAUGCAGCUGCCCAUCAAUAGUUAUAUAAUAUAUCCUAAUUAAAGUCAAGGAAAUAAAACAGAUUUAAAAUACAGCCUGAGUGAAUAAAGAGGUGUCAGAAAGACACAGAGAAGGCACUAAGUGAGCCUCUUUAGGGAGGUUCUCCAUAGUUGGGGUGCCGAUACCAAAAAGGCCCUCCACAUUACUUCCAGCAGGCUUCUUCCCAGAUCCUCAGCAGCAUUAUUUUAAAUUGUUCUCUUGACUUGUGUUGUCAUUUGAAAUGAAUUGGUGUUUGUGCAUUGGAUUUCAAAGUCCUGCUGACCCAGCUUGGUGCCAUUCAGAUCUCCAGGAAGAACGCCACAAUCAAGGACCUCAAAACCCACUUGCACAGCCUCGCCAAGGUCUCCGAAAACCAAAUCCUGCGCACCCGAGCAGAAGCGGAGAAGGCACAGAAGACAGAGCUACGUGGGUCUCAGGGCAAGUGUGCCAAGUUGCAGCAGGAGCUGAAUCAGCUCAGAGCCGCACUAAAUGCCCUCAUUGUGGAGGACCGGGAGUCUGAACUUGCUCUCCGGAAGGUAAGCAGAGGUGAUCAAAGCAAUUAUUCUCCGGAGAGAAUAAUUCACAGGGCUGCCAGUCUGAGCGUUCUUACUAGAACAACAGCCCAAUGCCUUCCAGUUAUCUUGGACUGCAAGUCCCAUGAGCCCCAGCCAAUGCAGCUGGGAAUCAUAGUCCAAACAUAGCCCAACCAGGAGACCAGGUUGGCAAAAACUGCACUAGACCAGCGUUUCCCAAACCUGGGUCUCCAGCUGCUUUUGGACUACAGUUACCAUCAUCCCUAGCUAGCAGGACCGGUCAGGGAUGAUGGGAAUUGCAGUCCGAAAUCAGCCAGGGACCCAAGUUUGGGGAACCCUGCCCUAGAAAAUGAGCUCCUCUGUAGUCAAUAUCGAGAUGUGUUUCCAAGUGAUGCCAGAAGAAAGGGCAUCAUCUAGCACAAGCAUGUCCAACUCCCAAGAGACUGUGAUCUACUCCCAGUAUUAAAAAAACCGGCAGUGAUCUACCCAUUGUCAUUGGAGGGAGGAGUGUGCGUGGGGUGGGUCGAUUGCCCAGAGUUGGCGUUGAGCUUUUUGGAGGGAGGUUUGCACAGAGUAUUUUAGCUUUCCCCCAUUAACCUUUUGUACACGAUAAGGAUCCCGUGAUCUACCAGAAUCAGCCGCAAUCUACCAGUAGAUCAUGAUCUACUGGUUGGACAUCCCUGAUCUAGCACAUGGCAGGUUGUAGCAUAGAUCUGAUGGACUGCUUUGGCCACGGUGGCUUAGAAGUGCAAGCCUGGGAUAGAGCUGGAAUCAAACAGCCACCUGGGCCAAUCCCCUUCCUCCAUUGCAACCAAUGUUAUCAAACUGGUAUACUGUACAUUCUUCCGGGGUGGUGGUACUCAGUAUCUGAAUUAAGAAUACUUUCCGAUUUUUAAAUUGUCUCCCAGCCAAAGUUAAAAGACAACAAUUUAUUUAUGACUGGAAAGGAUUGUUGUGCAUUUAAACUCUAUACCUAUUGAACAAGUCAAUUUACUCUGAAGGUGGCUAGGCUUAACAAGUUAAAAAAGAAAAAAGCUUUCUUUGGGGAGGCCUACAUGCAUUUUCAGAACACACUGGGUUUUGUGCACCUGCAUGAGCACUUCAACUGCAAAACCAUUUCUGGCUCUAGAGAGGUCUUGCAGGAGUCAGUUAAUGCCAGAAAAGACCCAGCCAUGGCCUGCUGCUGGCUGUAGAAUGGAAACCACAAGUGUACAGAAGAUGGGCAUCUUUAGUGCAUAUAAAUGGGAUAAACAGCAUCUAUCAGGUUAAUAAACUCAGCUGGUUGCCAUUGUUGUAGCUAAAUGACUAUGCAACUGGAGCCAGCCACUUACUUGACUUAGCAAGGAUACACAAAUGUGCUGAGUUUGACUGAGUGCGUUGUCCAAUCUCAGAAUCAUAGCUCUCUCCUCACUAACCACAAGUUGUAACUGAGGAGGGAGCUUUAACUAUGAGUUUCUGCUCAGACAACCUGCUAAGCCAAACCUUGGUUUACUCAGCGUAGUAAACUCUGGCCCCCAAAAGGUUGGGGGUGGGGAGCCAAGUAAUUGUGAGCUGAGCUCAUCCCCAGGAGCCUGCAAUUUCACGCAGUCUCAUGGUGCCAAAGUUUGGCUCAGUGUGGUUGUGUGAACCAGCUGACUGUGUUACCAGGCCCAGAAUAUCCAAACACUUAAAGCUGUCCAGAGACUGUUGGUUGCCUUCAAUGGAAAUGUCAUCUUCUAGUAUAGCCAGCCGCCCCAGCUUAACCCUGAAACUUUGGAAAUGAUUUUCUUCUCUUAUUUAUUCUAGAAAAAAUACAAAGUGGAGAUGGAAAUAGAGAACUGGGUCCAGAAGUAUGAUAUUGAGAUGCUAGAAAAGCAGGUACGGUUGUCAACCCCAGUCUGAGCCUUUUCUCUGCCAAUUCUUUUUGCCCAUAAGAGGUCAUUUCACAAAUGUUAAGCAGCAAAACCUCCCAGGGCACUGAUGUAGGAUAACUCUCCCAUUUCCCUUAUAUCAGCUGGGUUCCCUUUCCUACCUCCAUGAUUGCAACAUUAUCUAGGAAACUGAGCUGUUUCAGCCUCCUCACAAAUUACUAUUUGAAAUUGCUCAGCCAGCUGGUCUGGCAUUGCUGGUUUGGUUAAUUGGACCACAACAAAAGCAUCCUUCGGUUCAUGUUUUCUUUUCUUUUCAUGCCGGAAUGUGAGCUUGUACAGGUGUGCAAAAAAAAAGUAUGGUGCCGUCUAGAUGUUUUGGACUCUAGCAUGGUCAAGGAUGAUGGGAGUAGCAGUCCACAACAUCUGGAGGGCACCAUGUUGCCUGUCCGUGACUUAAGUAGAUUUUUCAUUGAUGGCUAACAAGGAAACCAAAUACAGGGUCCUGUUGCGCUAAUGCGUCAUUGGCAACUUGCUACCUGCUAGGGAGCAUGCUCAGGCUACAAAAGGUUUGCCAAGGCCAUUUCUGCUGCUCAGACUGGGUGAGAGGGGCUUAAAAAACUCUAUUUGCCCUAUUUAGGCUUGUAAGAGAACUUGUCAGUGGGCAGAACCACUGGCCCCCAGUCUCUUUCUUGGUUCACAAUUCAGGAAUCUUGUAGCAACUUAAAGGAGAGGUCUCCAACCCUUUGGGGACAUGAAUUGAGAAUCUGAGAACCUGCUGUGGGCACCACAUAAUACUGCUUUCAAAACACAGUGCAGAUGGGGCCAUCGUCUUUAAGCACCACAAGACACUUUGCUGCAAGGGGCAUCACAUCCUGCCACCUCCUAUGGCUCACAAUAUGUCCGAAUUGGUUCAGAAUAUGUCAGAGAUCAGUUCCGUUAGAUGUAGAGGCAGUUGCUUAAAUGCCAGGCCUUUGUCCAUCCCCAGGAGGAGAUCGAGGAGAUUGACGUGGUCUAUGUGGUAGAGAAGGAACAGCUGGCAGAGCUGAGAGAGAAGUUUGCGCUGCUGGAUCAGGAAUACAGCCAGAUCAGGGAGGAGAGGAGGGUGAAGCAGGAGCAGAAGGAGAAGGCCGAGAAGGAGCUGGCCAUCCUGGUCCGAGCUGCCACCCUCAUCCAAGCCUUGUGGAAGGGCUACCUGGUGAGAUCGCUGCUACGGUCCAAGAGGAAGAAGAAGGGCAAAGGGAGAAGAGGGAGGAAGUGAGCCUUCACCUCUUCCUGCCCUGCCCCGUCCCCGGUCACAGGCAGCCAAGUCCAUUCCAGAUCGUCCAGAAUGGGUAUUUAGCACUCCCAAGGGAGGUUUGUCGUUCCUCAAUAAAUGCUAUCAGCCAGGUAGGCAAAGUUGUAAAAGAGCUAUUCUCUCCUUUCUCCAGGUUUGAAAGGAAACUGGAGGGGAAGCUUUGCACAGAACUUGUUCUAACCGUGCUCAAGAAUUGCAGGGGCAAAACUCGUAUUUCAGGGGUGGGGAACCCAAGGCCCAGGGUCUCUCUCUGGCCCACAGAAAUCUUAGAAUUGUUGAGUUGGAAGGGGCCUCCAAUGAUCACCUAGUCCAAUCCCCUGCAAUGCUGGAAUCUUCCCCAAGCCGCAUUCAUUAGGGUCCCUGCUUUGCACUCCCAAGUGUUUUUGCUUGACUGUACUGUCUCCUUGAACUCUGGGAUAUGCCUCCUGCUUGCAUGGAUGGAGGAGAGGGGUUUGUGUGAGAAACUAGACCACUGUAAAAAGUAAAAUUUGCAUUCAUCGCUCCACCCACUUUUGCUUGUGCCCGCCCCCCAAAAGCAAAUGUGGUCCUUGGGAUGAAAAAAAAAACUUCUCUGCUACCUCCUCUUAUUUCUUCAUUCAUAUCCUUUUCACCUCUCCAAGAAGUUCAGCUUUUUAUGCCCAGAACAAGUUGGACAGAAACAUGGAUCUGCCUGAGACCACCCCAAUAACCAACACGCAUGAGGCAGGGAUCUGAACCAGUCUCCUUGGCCAACAUGGUGUCCUCCAGAAGUUGCUGAACUACAAUUCCCAUCAUCCCCUCUGACCCAUGGCAGGGCCUUUUCAGUGACAGUUCCCCACUUUUGGAAUACCUUUCUUGGUGAGGUCCGUCUGUCUUCCUUAUUACUGACUUUCAGGAGAAACCGAAGAGCAUUCCUGUUUACCCAGGCAUUUGAUGGCCAAAGAAACACUGUUCCUGGCAAGUGUUUUGCGAGAAGGUUUUAAACAGUUAUGCUGCCCUGGCCUCCUUUGGGAUUGUUAUCAUUAUUACUGCAGGAAUACGACUGAUAUAAGAAGUCACUUCCCGUUUGUGUUAAUAUUUUAAAUUGUGAACCACCUUGAAAUCUACGAAUGAAGGGCAGUACUGCUGUCACAACCGCUCUUAGCACCAAAAGAACUGGCAAAGACUGUUAUGGCUAGCUAGCCCACCGGCUAAGAUUCCUUACGGAACAUGGGCAAACAGCACAUCCCUUUCGGUGGUCAUUUUGCAUGCAGAACAUGUGAGAACAGCAAUCUUUUUUAUUUAUUUAUUUCCAGGGCGGCCUGGGCUUACAUGAGGUUGUAGCUCUUAUGACCCUGGCAGACGACGACCCGGACAAAUUAUUCGAACGUGGUCUAGGCAGAGACCCUGGGGAAGCCACUGAGCAUUGGUGAUCCUGCUCCACACUUGUCCUUGGCUUGCUUAGGUGGGCCUGGGAACCCUCAGAAGUUUUAUACAGCCGGAUAACAGGUUGGGGGGGCGGCCGCCCCAGAAAGUCCUGGCUGUCUGCAUCUAAGCAGUUCUCAGGAUGCCCCCAAGAAGAACUCUCUCCUCCACGCCAGGUUCCAAAUGCCUCUUUGCCCUGGGUGUCCGGUGUCUCCCGAUGGAAGGCUCUCAGGGGCGUGUCCUUCGGACGAGGGGAAAGGACUGGCCGGUCCCUCGCAGCAGAAGGCGGAGUCAAAAGCAAAGGGCGGAGCUUAGCCACUUCCCCCUUCACCAUCCAGGGAGUCGCCUGCUCCCAAACUCCUGGCUUUGGCCCAAACAGGGUCUCAUCGCAGUAGGAUGGGGUGUGACUUUUCAGCCUUCAUUGAGAGAUGAGGGUAGAGAGAAAGAGAGAGAUGUUUACUGGCAACAGAAGCCACGACUAGAGAAAUCAUUCUAAGUACCACCAAGUUAUUACCAUGCAUAAAGUGUGGUUGGGACAACCCAGCCAGAUGGGUGGGGUAUUAAUAGUAGUAGUAGUAAUAUAGUGCCCUAUACCCGUAAGUCUCAAGGCGGUUCACAACAUAAAAUCACAAUAUAAAAACACAAAAUACAUUAUAAAAAUAAAAUAAAAACAAAACCAAGAAUAACCCAAUAAUCCCUCCCUCCCCAACACAUUUUUAAAGAUCACUGGAUGUCAAUCAGCCAAAGGCCUGCUUUAAAGAGGAAUGUUUUCGCCUAUCACCUAAAGGUGUAUAAUGCCAGGUGACCCACCUUGGGGAGAGCAUUCCACAAACUGGGAGCCACUGCAGAAAAGACCUGUUCUGGUUUUGCAACCCUCAUGGAGGAGGCACACAAAUAAGGGCCUCAGAAGUCAAUAUUGGGACAAAUCGUAAGAGAAAUUACUCAUUUAGUAAAUCAGGUGGGGAGCAUCAGGGCAUAGUCUUUUUUUUUUUUGUCUUUUUUCUUUUUGCAGUGUUGCAUGACCUUGGGCCAGCCACAAUCUCUCAGCCUAACCCAGCAUUCUUCAACCUUGGUUUUCCAGGUGUUACUGUACUAGAACUCCCAUUACUCCCAAUGGUCAGGGAUGAUGGGGAGAUUGUUACUUAUUUAUUGCAUUUUUAUCCCAGGAGCUCAAGGUGGCAUGAGCAGUUCUCCCCACCUGCUCCUCAUUUAGUUCCCCACAAUGACCCUGCCAGAUAGAUUAGGCUGAGACCCUAACUGGCCCAGGAUCACACCUAGCGAACUUCUGGGCUGAGUGGGGGAUUCGAACCUUGAUCUCCUAGGUUCUUGUCUGACACCUCUAACUGCUACACCACUGCUGGCUCUGACAUUCCAUCACGGACAUCUGGGGGUCCAAUUGGCCUCACCCGCCAACUGUUGGGAGGGUAAAAUGAGGGGGCAGACACAACUGUUGUGCCAAAUUGAGCUCCUUGGAGGAAAGGCAGGAUAUAAAUAUAAUAAUAACCUGGCAGGGCAAUCUCACUUUUGCGGACUGUCACAGCUCCUUCAAAACCUCCCCUGUUGUUGUUGUUUAGUCAUUUAGUCUUGUCGACUCUUUGUGACCCCAUGGACCAGAGCACACCAGGCACUCCUGUCUUCCACUGCCUCCCGCAGCUUGGUCAAACUCAUGCUGGUAGCUUCGAGAACACUGUCCAACCAUCUCGUCCUCUGUCGUCCCCUUCUCCUUGUUUCCUCAAUCUUUCCCAGCAUCAGGGUCUUUUCCAGGGAGUCUUCUCUUCUCAUGGGGUGGCCAAAGUAUUGGAGCCUCAGCUUCACGAUCUGUCCUUCUAGUGAGCACUCAGGGCUGAUUUCCUUCAGAAUGGAGAGAUUUGAUCUUCUUGCAGUUCACGGGUCUCCUCCAGCACCAUAAUUCAAAAGCAUCAAUUCUUUGGCGAUCAGCCUUCUUUAUGGUCCAGCUCUCACUUCCAUACAUCACUACUGGGAAAACCAUGGCUUUUACUAUACGGAUCUUCAUGGAUCACUGCCUUGCCACGGCGAAGGGGCUUGAAUAACUCAGAGAAGCUAUGAGCUAUGCCGUGCUGGGCACCCAAGAUGGACAGGUCAUAGUGGAGAGUUUUGACCAAACGUGAUCCACCUGGAGCAGGAACCGGCAAGCCACUCCAGUAUCCCCGCCAAGAAAACUCCAUGGACAAAGACAACAGGCAUAUAAAAACCUCCCCUACCUGUAUUUAUUUCCCUUUCUCGGAGUGCUGGUGGGCGGAGCGGCUGUCGAGGGGCUGGUGUCCACCUCCCAUUGUGUCGUCUUGGGACUCCACAAAAGGGGUCUCGGAGAACUAGCUUUCUUGCACACCCACGGUGGGUCAAACUCUGCUCUGGCGUUCAAUUGUCCUGCGGGGCUGCCGAAGAGCGACUCAUCCACGUAGGAGGCUUUGGCCGUGACCCUGUAGCCUCUCCUCCCACUGCGUUGGAACUGGCGGGGCUGGAUCCCCAGCUCAGCGGAUGCCUUCAUGGAUCCGGUUAAGCCACGCCGGGUCAGGCCCUGCCAUCCAGGUCUGCAGGAGACUUAGAGGUUCAUAAGCAAGAUCUGAAUGAAGCAAGAAGUCACUGGUGAAUGCCAAGGCAGACUGAUAGGGUAGAGCAGAAGUGAGGACACAUUUUGCCAUCUUGGCAUUUCAUUUCGCUUUCAAUUUGUAUACUGCCUUACUAUAUUACACUGCACAAGCGAUUCACAAGCUGAACAAACAACAAAAUCAACAGCAAAGAUCUCACCCAUAAUAGCAGUCUGAUUCAAUAGCAAAAAAAAGCCACAAUAACUUUAAAAUAAGUUUAUAUCAAAUAAAGCAAUAUUCAAACAAUUCGUAUAUUAGUAAAUGGUAAAAUUUAAUAUCAGCGAAUAGUAAUUAAACAGCUUACAAUGAAGAAUUACUAAACUAUAAUCAAUAAAAAAAGCAUAAAAUACCACACGACGUGCAAAACCGUGUAAAAGGAUCAAACUGAGAAACAAGGACACACAACUUGUGAAAAAUAAAUAAAUAAAUAUCCCUGAACUUCCAGGGGCCACAUGGCAGUGGUGGGCAGGGCUAGAGCCAAAAAUGGGUUGGGGCAAUGGAUGUCAAUGUCAGUAGGCUGGCUCCCACUCACCUCUCGAUCUUCCAUCCAGGUAAAAAAGUGGCCUGAUCAGAGUUGAAGGACACAAUUUCGACCAGGGCAAAUGCAGGAUGUGGCCUAGGGAAAGUCCCGAGGGCCAAAAUAGAGAGGUCUUAUAGGAUUUAGACACAAAUUACACUUUGCUUGCGAGCGAAAAGGCUCCUUAAAAGCCUCGCAAGAGGCAGAAAUUCAACAGGCCGAUUCAAAUUCAACCCUCCGGCUUGAGAUGAAGAGUUGCUUAGGAUCAGAGAUUUGUUGUGCUUAUUUUUUUGUGCCCCACCUUUCCUCCAAGGAGGUCAAAGUGGUAGAACACAGUUCUGUUCCUCCCGAUUAAUCCUCACAACAACCCUGUGAGGUAGGUUAGACAGAGAAGACUGUGACCCACCCAGGUUUUGCAGCUGAGCAGGGAUUUGAACCCCAGUCUCCCAGGUCCUAGUCUGACACACUUUAACUACCGUACUACACUACAAUGAACAUAAGAAGAGCCUGCUGGAUCAGGCCAAUGGCCCAUCUUGUCCAGCAUCCUUUUCUCACAGCAGUCAACUAGAUGCCUCUAUGGGAAACCCACAAGUGGGACCUUAGUGCAAGACCAACUCAUCCUUUCUGGGUUUCCCAGCAAUUGGUAUUUAGAAGCAUUGCUAAGUAGCAUCACCCGGUUUCCAUCAAUAUAAUAAUAAUAAUAAUAAUAAUAAUAAUAUUUAUAUCCUGCCCUCCCCAGCCGAAACCAGGCUCAGAGUGGCCAGCAACAGUAAAAUAAUACAGCAUUCUAAAAUCAAUUCAAUAGCCUUCUCCUCUUUUUGAAUUUGUCCAAUCUUUUUUUAAAGCCAUCCAAGUUGGAGACCAUCACCGCCUCCUGUGGGAGAGAGUUCCAUAGUUUAACUCUGCACUGCCUGAAGGGGGGUUUUCUUUCAUCUGCCCUGAUUCUUCCAGCAAAAAGAUUCCCAAGUCACUCACGCUUGGAAGUAUGCCCUGUCAAAAUCAAGCGGGGCUUGCUUUCCGAAAAGCAGAGGUAGGAUCGAGCAGUCUAACUGCUCUCUGCUGUCUGCGUUGUUUGGAUCUCGCUUCCCUGGGAGACGCAAGCAUCACAGCCCGCUCUGAAUGCAAAAUGCAGUUGCAGAAGACGAAGCAACAAUUUGCAUGAAGGAAUGCACAUUUCUGCAACCGGGCCCGGGCCCCGCAAACCUGGUCUCCCCUCCCCUCCUAGACUUACGGAUUUGCAGCUUUCCUCCUCGUUCUGCUUGCCUUUCCUUUCUUCUCCCCAGCACAUCAAACAACCAAAGAAAUGCCUGAGCAAAGAGGUCAAUACGGGCCUCCUUUCCGGUUCCCAUUCGCAGCCAGAAACGCAAACGUAGAGCCCAACCACCGCUGGCGUAGAAAUAUUAUUUCAAAGCACUGCAGCGAGAAACUUGCCUUUGAUUCCGCCCCAAAAUAUUGAUUCAUAUAAUCGCCUCCUAUCACUAAUAAUACUUCCUCUCCAGUACUUACGAGUUUCACUUCGGAACCCGAAAUGUAGGAUGAAAACUGUAGAGACUGCGCCGCCUUGCGGGGCUGGGGGAAAAAAAAGAGAGGACUGGGCGAAACCAUUCUACGGAGGGGACGAGGACUCCCAAGAGGCGAAUGAAUCGAUUGACUCACACAGUCUAAGCGGCUUCCGGUUGCUCAAGACUCCCCCCUUUUUUAGGAAGGAAGAACGUCCCAUAGAAAUCCCUGGAGAAAUGUAGGGCUUUAGAGUUUGAUGGGCGUGUGUAAUUGGACAGCUUUUGCCGCCACCCCCUCCACUUUUUUGUAGCAAUACCAUCAGGAGUUCCCAGUUUUUCUCCUGUCUUCUGAAACGUGGAAUUUUACUUUUUACUUUUUAAGUUAAACUGCAAUAUGAAUACAUGCAGGCCAAUAGCGCAGAAAGAAGCCUUAUACAUGCAAUGCUCGCCGGGUUUGGGCUGGGAGGAAAUCAUUCUACAGAGAUUGGCUUUGGCUGCAACGUGGGGCAGGAUUUUUUGAGCAUCCUCAGCCUCAUCUCUAAAGUGCAAUGCCAACACCUUUCCAGGGAUAUCGUGAGCAACCCUCCAUUGAUUUCUAUGAGCACCACCUCUCACUUCCGCGGCGUGAGGUUUGCAGAAGAGUAGCCGUCUUAACACUGCAAUCCUAACCAUGGCUACUCAGAAGUAAUCCCUAAUGAAUUCAGUAUGGGUUUACUCAUGGGUAAACGGGAUUAGGAUUUGCAGCAUUGGUCUGUUGCGGAAAAGCAAACAAUAAACUUUUGCGUAUGUGGUUCAUAAAGACCACAGUGGACAUUUAAAGCGCGUCUAACGCACAUUUAAAGCGCCUGACUUCUCCCAAAGAAUUAUGGGGACUGUAGUUCGUUAAGGCUACUGAAAUUCUAGCUCCGUGAGAUGAAAACUACAGUUCCCAUGCUGGGGACCAUAUAUGCUUGGAAUGUGUUUUGGAGAUUGUAGAUCCGUGUGCGGAAAACUACGCUUCUCUGAUUUAUUUUUUUAAAAAAAUUAUAAUAAAGGAAGGCAUGCGCUUUAAAUGUGCGCUGGAUCUUCCAUGUACUUUCAACAUAUGGUGUGGAUCUGCCCUGACACACGAUUGUGGCGAAAGCUUUCAUGGGCCAAAGCCCACUUCAUCAAAUGCUUGCGUUUUAAACUAACAAAUAAACGCGGCGCUCUAACUGAACCCGGAGGUUCUUCCUCAAGACACGAGAUCAGCUGAUCUAACCUUUUUAUCUCUAAAGAGGCUGGCGUCCAAGCCGUGAGUGGCAGAGAAAAGCCAGCCACUCCUGGAGCGCUUGCUAGGGAGAAGAGGCGGGGCUUAAUGGAUGUCCCGCCUCCGAUCACCGGGGCCCCGCCCAUUCGGCGCACGUGGCUCCCUGCCUUCCUGGAUUCGGAGUGACUUCUUCGGCCGGCAGGUUGUUGGCGGCGCUUCUGCCAUGGCUCCUGCCCAGGCCACGGGGCGGCGGAGGAAAAGGCAGCGACGGUGCAAGGAUCGGGACUUGGACGAGCAGCAGGUAAGGGGGAGACCCGCUCCCUUCGCAGGUGCCGGGGCUUAAGGCAAGGAUCGGGAGCCUGGGGCCAGUAGAGUGGUACCUCGGGUUACAUACGCUUCAGGUUAAAUACGCUUCAGGUUACAAACUCCGCUAACCCAGAAAUAUUACCUCGGGUUAAGAACUUUGCUUCAGGAUGAGAACAGAAAUCGUGCAGUGGCAGCGCAGCGGCAGCAGGAGGCCCCGUUAGCUAAAGUGGUGCUUCAGGUUAAGAACAGUUUCAGGUUAAGAACAGACCUGCAGAACCAAUUAAGUUCUUAACCCGAGGUACUAUUGUAUAGUGGCUUGUCGGACUAGGACCUGGUAGGCCAGGGUUCAAAUCCCCACUCAGCCUAGCCUGCCUCACUGGGUUGUUUUGAGGAUGAAAUGAGACGAGGUAGGGAUCCUUGGAGGAGAAGUUGGGACAUGAAUGGUAAGAAAAUGGCAAAGCAACCCUUUGCAUAAAACAAACAAAACAGCUCUUCAGCCUAACCUACCAGCCCUGAGUGCUCACUGGAAGGACAGAUCGUGAAGCCGAGGCUCCAAUACUUUGGCCACCUCAUGAGAAGAGAAGACUCCCUGGAAAAGACCCUGACGGUGGGAAAGAUGGAGGGCACAAGGAGAAGGGGACAACAGAGGACGAGAUGGUUGGACAGUGUUCUCGAAGCUACCAGCAUGAGUUUGACCAAACUGCGGGAGGCAGUGGAAGACAGGAGGGCCUGGCGUGCUCUGGUCCAUGGGGUCACGAAGAGUCGAACACAACUAAAUGACUCAACAACAACAACAGCCACCUCUCAGGGUUCUUGUGAGGAUAGUACAGGGUGGAGAAAACACUGGGUUAUAGCCCACUCGGGGUUGGUUCUUCUUGUUGCUGCUCUGUAUUCAAACUCUCUCUCUUUCUUUUUUGGUGUGGUUCAAAGGACUAUGAGAUGCCGGUUCCAGCUUUUCCGGCAGCGGAUUGCACUUCUGAUGUUGAGCUGGACACCCAGGAAAUGGUUCGGGCCCAGAACAAGAAAAAGAAGAAAUCAGGGGGCUUUCAGUCCAUGGGUGAGUGAGGGAGAGCUUUUUUAAUGUAACAAAAUCGGCUGUUCUUGUAUGCUAGCAGGGGCUAGAACAAGGUUUGUGGCAGCCCGCAGCAAAGUGCCCUCCACUCUCCUGGGGUGGUUUGGCCUAUUUAUUUAUUUAAUUUCUAUGCCGCUUUAUAUUUUUAAGAAAAAUCUCAAAGCUGUUUACAGCAUAUUAAAUCAAUAAAACAAUCUUAAGAAACUCAAAUAUAAAAUAUACAGUCAAAGCAACAUAACAGAAAACUAAAAUAUUAUCUUAAAGAUUUCAAAAUAAAACAAAUGCAGUUGUGGUGACGUAGUGAGGAAGGGAUUUUGCCUCAACACUAAUGUUAAUUAAUUUUGUUCUUUAUAAUGAUUGUGCUUUGAAGGCUGUUGAAAGAGAAGGCAAAUGAGGGGCAAUGCUAGAGAAUGAGAGACCAUUUGCUGAAAUGCACCGAAAUUGGCUAAGCAGUUCUCGGCACUGCUGAAAAUGUUCAUUUAAAAACGGAAUAGUUUUAGUUCCGAUAAGCUGAAAACACUAUAUCUAAUCUCAGUAGCUGAUUAUCAUCCCCUCAGUGCUCACCUGAUGAUUGGAGCAUCCUAUUCUAUGGGCUCUUGCUGAUAGUGAUCAAAGGCUAUGCCCAUAUGCCAGAGGCAAAUGUGUACACCAAAUUCUUUUGGGGUGUUGACCUCCAGUGAGCCAUAUUCAGAAGUAUUACUUGGCAAGGCAUGCUAUAGAUGCAGAUAUGGGAUUGCAUUCUAAGGUUUUUGUACGGGUCGUGGGCAGCAGGGUUCUGGAUCAGGCCAAAGGCCCAUCUGGUCCAGCGUCCUCCCUGCCCUGCACUCCAGAUUUGAAAAUAAUGGUGAAUUUCAAUUAUCUGUUUCCUCCCUUAGGUCUGGGCUACCCUGUGUUCAAAGGGAUCAUGAAGAAAGGGUACAAAAUACCGACUCCCAUCCAGAGGAAGGUGAGGACCCAGGAAAUGCUAUGUUGGAUCGGAAAUCAAGGGUCCAUCUAAGCCGGUCUCUUCAUUUUUGCUUUAGAAAUACUCUCUUUGUGCAUUUCAGGGGGUUGGACUAGAUGACCCUCAGGGUCCCUUCCAACCCUACAAUUCUACGAUUUUAUGAAAGGUCCCCAAGGGUCAUCUACUCCCAACCCCCUACAAUGCAGGAAUGUCAACUAAAGCAUCUGUGAUAAAUGGCUAUCCAACCUCUCUUUAAAAAUGAAGGAGAGUCCACUGCUUUCCUUUUUUUAAAAAAAAUAAUAUUUAUUGAUAAUUUCAAAAUUACAAGAAAAAUAAAAAAUGACAAACAACGCUACAAUACAAAAAAGAAAGAAGAAGACAAUAAAAAAGGGAAAAAAGCACAAAAUGAGAAAACCAAUAUAACAAUACAGCAAUAAAAAAGUAAAAAAGAAGAAAAAAGGGGGGGGGACACAAAUCCCAAAUUGCAUAUUCAUAAUUUCCAUUUGCUUGUUUCAUUGACCUCCUCACACCUCCGUUUUUGUAUUCUAGUUUAGUAAUUAUUUCAGCAAAUUCUUUCCAUCUUUCUCAAUUUUUGUUAUAAAAUUUGUCUUAACAAUUUAACCUAAUAAUUAGCUCAACAGAUCCUUACCAUAUUUCCCCAUAUUCUAUUAUUCAGAUUACCUUAAUUUAUUUAUCCUUGUCUUACCCCUAAGUGCCUUAAAACUUAAAUCUUAAAUUUCAAAUAUACAUAACUCCUAAUAUCAUUUCUGCUAGAGUUGUAUAGUUUCAUUCCCACAUUUUCCCUAAUAUUCAUUAGGGAAAUAUUCAUUCAUCAAAUAUUAGGGAAAUAUUCAUUCAUCAAAGUUUCCAUUAUAAAUUCUCUUCCAAUCAUCAUCCAGCGUCUCUUCUUCCUGGUCUCGGGUCAUGUCAGUCCUUAUUGUCCAUUCCGUCUAGUCCAUCAACCUGGAAGCCUUAUGUCCGAGGCCCUUAAAUCUCUUCCAUGUCCCUUCUGCAAUUCUUCUUCAUCUUGUUUGUGCUUGCCCUUUUCCUUGUCUCUUGUUGGUCUCUGUCUUAGUUUCUUUCCUUUCUCAUUGAGGAGUAGGUCUCUGGGGGGUUCCAACCCAAAAUUGUCUCCAUCACCCUUCAUCCAGCUCACCCAUUCCCCACAGUCCUCGAUGUAAUCCAAAAUGAAUUUAAAAUCAAAUUUCAGAAUCUCUCCAAAGCUAGAAGUCUCCUCAUCUCCAGACUCCCCUUGGCCCGCUCCAGCAUCAGUCUUCAAUAACAGUGGUUUAUGCUCCUGUAGGGCCUCGGGUCUCUCCAUUUGUACUGUUUGAGGUGCAGCCACAUCCUCCUCCAUUGUCAACUGCACUUGCCCAGUCGGUACAGAUUGAUAGGUUGGUUCUUGGAUGAUUUCUGUAUCAAUGUUAUUAACCACAACAGUCAAAUCCAUUUGCUCAUUCAUUAAGUCCAUCUUUUCAUGCAUCUGUUCCAGCAAAGCAUUUGUCUUACAUAGAGCAAGCAACCAGUCUUUCUCCCAGCUCAUCUUUGUUCAAGGAUGAAAAGGUCUGUUCCCACAGUCUUAAUCUCACAGAUGUUGGGUCUCAAAUAUGCUGCAACAACAAUUUAGCAAGCUCCCUCUAGAGGAGACAAUCUGUUUGUAGCCAUUUUUUUUUUUUUUUUGGAAGACAAAGGAAAGUUACUUUCAUUUUUCAGAUAUUUCAGAGGUUUUUCAGAUAUUUUAUUUCUUUAAGAUGCAAAAGGCAACAUUAGAAUCAACUUGUUUCUCUUCAUUAGCUAUCUGUCAAAGUGUUACGUUCACCGUCAAUGAACCUCAGCAACAGUUUCUGUCUCUGACACCCCGUUCCCAGGUUAGAGACGAUGGAAACUUAUCCUUCUUAACUCCCUCUCCUGGUAGAGUUAAACAGAGUCCCCCCCCCUUUUCUCCUGCUUCCAAGGGGGGUUUCAGUGGUUCUAAAUGAAGGAAAUUUAGUCCUUUUUUGACAGCUUCCCGGCAUUAGCUUGCAAAAUUUUUGCUUUAGUCUAUAUACAAGGAAACGGAAGGCGGACUUCCUGUUUACACCUUCCCGCUUCGUUACCGAAUUAAAACAAUUUCUUGAUCCAAUUUUCUGUUUCUACUCACGGGUACUUGUUUUAAGUCCAAUUGUCCACAGGAAAAAGUCAGCACUCUCUGGCAAUGGCUGUGCGGCUUCACUCCAUGAAAGUAGCAGUCAGUUCGUAGCACCGCGCUUCGCUCCGGAGCCCCUAGAUGGGAUUCCCCGUGAGUAGGGGGGCGCUUCUGGUGCCCUGCCGAACCCCACGUUCCCAGGCUUCCUCCGCCUGGGAUUUCUAGCGGGUCCCCACCUUCGCCGCGGCGCAAAGACCCAGUUUUCACGGAGCCCGUUCCUCCAGUCGGAGGAACUCCGCCAUUCACCAAUGGCGCUGACCCGGAAGUCCGAGAGUCCACUGCUUUCCAAGGGAGGCUGUUACACUGUCAAAAAGCUCUUAGUGUCAGAAAGUUCUUCCUUAUGUUUAGGGGCAACCCAGCCAGAUGGGCGGGGUAUAAAUAUUCGACACCUCCCUUUCCAGGGAGGCGCAUAUUGCAGCUAUAAGAAAGGCAGCAUUUUUUCACCUCCGCCAAGCUAAGCAGUUGGCUCCUUACCUCUCUCGCCCUGACCUAGCCACUGUGAUCCACACGAUGGUCACCUCCAGGCUUGGUUAUUGUAACUCACUCUAAGUGGGGCUGCCCUUGAGACUGACCCAGAAACUCCAGCGGGUGCAGAAUGCCGCAGUGAGACUCCUUACGGGGUCCUCUCUGCAGGAUCACAUUCACCCAGUGCUAUACCAGCUGCACUGGCUCCCGGUGGAGUACAGGAUCAGGUUUAAGCUUUAAAGCCCUAUACAGCCUAGGAUCCUCGUACCUACGGGACCGCCUCUCCUGGUAUGUCCCACGGAGGACCUUACAGUCUUCAAACAAAAAUAUCCUGGAGGUCCCAGGCCACAGGGAGGUUAGGCUGGCCGCAGCCAGAGCCAGGGCUUUUUCGGCGGUGGCCCCGAUCUGGUGGAAUGCUCUGUUACAAGAGACUAGGGCCCUGUGGGACAUGACAUCUUUCCACAGGUCCUGCAAGACAGAGCUGUUCCACCAGGCCUUUGGCCAAGGCACAGCCUGAUCCCCUCUUUUGGUAAUCCUCACAGAACCUUAGCCCAAUGGUUGCCAUUAAUUUGAUUUUGAAUUGAUUUUAAAAUGAAUUGAUUUUAGAAUGCUGUGUUACUUUUAUUGUUGUUAGCUGCUCUGAGCCCGGCUUCGGCUGGGGAGGGUGGGAUAUAAAUAAAUUAUUAUUAUUAUUAUUAUUAGUCGGAAUCUCCUUUCUUACAACAUGAACACGAAUCCUAUCCUAUGUAGCAGGAGUAAAAAAAAGCCUGUUCCACCUUCCAACUCUACAAUAUUAUGAAAUUUUAUUCAGAUCUCUCUCUCUCUCUCUCUCUCUAGCCUCCUUCCCCUCACCCCAAAAUCUGCAAUAUGUGGACAACUAAGUUGUUUUUUCAUCAUCAUCUUCAUGACAUUUUGCGUGUAAACUUGGUUGUGUGUUUCCUAGGCCCCAUCCCGACUCUACGUUGUAGUUAAGGGUUCUGAGAGUUGUGAGAAGAUUCCUCACCCUCUUGGGGAGCUGCAGUUUGCACAGUCCCUGACUACUUCUUCUUUUUUAAAAUAAUUAUUACUUUUCCAACAAUUUAAACACUAAAAAAACAAUACAAUACAGUACAAUACAAUACAAUACAAUACAUUAAACUAACAAAACAAAACAAAAACAAUAAAAUAAAUCAAACAAUUUCAUUCUCCCAUCUUUCAUUCACUUAUUUCCACGACCUCCUCACACCUCCCUUUCUGUAUUCCACUUCUGUUAAUUAUUUCAGCAAUUCCUUUCCAUCUUCCUCUGUUUUCUAUCCUAUAAUUAUCUUAACUCAUUCUAACCUUAUUUUUUCCUUUAAUACUCUAUUAAUCUACUUAUACUUAAUUCCUUAUAACGUUUCUACUAAAGCCAUAUAACUUCAUUCCAACAUUUUUCUAACAUUCAUUAAUUUUACAGUAUUUCUGUAAAUAGUCUUUAAACUUUUUCCAGUCUUCUUCCACCGACUCUUCUCCCUGGUCUCGGAUUCUGCCAGUCAUUUCCGCCAGUUCCAUAUAGUCCAUCAACUUCAUCUGCCGUUCUGUCCCAGACUUCUGGUUUGCUGCUGUCGUUUGAUUUCCCCUGCCUCCACUCUGAAUCAGCUUCAUUUUGCAGACCAUCCCCGUGAUCCUGGACGGCAAGGAUGUGGUGGCGAUGGCGAGGACGGGCAGCGGAAAGACGGCCUGUUUCCUCAUCCCCAUGUUUGAGAAGCUGAAGGUGCACAGUGCCAAGACGGGGGCACGGGCUCUUAUCCUCUCUCCGACUAGAGAGCUUGCCUUGCAGACCCUCAAGUUCACUAAGGAGGUAAGCCAAAGAUGGGUGGAGGGAAGGCUGGGACUUUAAAGGGUCUUUAAAGCAGCGGUUCUCAACCUGUGGGUCCCCAGAUGUUGUUGGACUACAACUCCCAUCAUCCCUGAGCUCUGGCCUUGCUAGCUAGGGAUGAUGGGAGUUGUAAUCCAACAACGUCUGGGGACCCGCAGGUUGAGAAAGGCUGCUUUAAAGCCUUUAAAUCAUUCUGUUUAUCCAAUAGUUACUUGACUCUUCUUUGUUUGUGACUCUUUGCACAUAUUACAUGUCUUCUGUUUAUGAAUUUUGAAACAGUUUGGUAGUGUUAUAUGAAUAUUGUCAAUAUAUUAUUAGCCUUUGUGUUGCUUGAUGUGGUUCAGAUGGGACUCAAGAGUGGCAGAAACAGUCUUGGUCGCUUAGAAGCCUUUGUACUAGCUGCAUUUAGGCAGUGCUUUAUUCCAUUUCCCCCACGUUUCCUUACUUGUUAAUUCCCAUGUAUCAUUACAUACCAGGCAAAAAUAUUCCUCUUUUCCCAGGCCUUUGGCUAAUUAGCCAAUCUAUGGUCUUUUAAAUGGUGGUUUUUGGGGUUGUUGUUUUUGUUUGUUACUGUGCUAUUUAUUUUUGUGUUUUUAUAUUGUUAACUGCCCUGGGAUCCUCGGAUGAAGAGUGGUAUAGAAAUUUAAUUAAUAAUAAUACUAAUGUAAAAUGAAUGUUCAUAUCCGUGCUGUUUCCCAGAGAAAGAAAAAUCUGCUUGCAACCCUGUUCGCUUGGGAAAUUGUGGGAGUUUUUUUGAGUUGCAGUUUCAUUUUUUUCAAAAUUUGGAGCAGUUAUCCCAGCAUACAAGGGUUUUUGUUGUUUAAACUUCGUUGUUUAAACCGCACUGUGUGGCGGUAUAUUAAUCGACAAGCCGCAGUUCUAUAACUCAACAGGUGCGGCAGUGCAAAAGGGUUAGAAGACAGGGGAGAUGUUCUUGCAGUAUAACCAGCAAAAUGAAUGCUAUAAGCUUGAUGUCUGGACGCAACUGCUGAAGCUCUCUGAGGCUGCAGAGAUCUAUGGACAAUGUGCAGUUGACCAGAGGAACAUACUGCCACAGGAUUUUGUUGCGAGUUUAGCAGGAUUCCUCAGAGGGCUUGCGGUCAAGCAAAGGUGGGGCUGUUCAAGCAUGAAGCUCAUCAAGUCCCUGGCUUUCUUUUGGUUAUUAGACAGCUGGUAGGAUAUACUGGGAUCAAAUGCAAGUUUUUGACUGUUUUUUUUUUUACUCUUCCCCCCCUCCCACUACAGCUUGGCCGAUACACAGGCCUGAAAACAGCCCUGAUCCUUGGAGGAGACAAGUAAGCUUGACAUUAAAAAACACACAAAGAUUUUUGACCUGCCCCAUGUUUAGGCCUCACAGGAAGUCACAUUGUUGAAGAACCAAGGCCGCAUUCACAACAUAUGUUUGAAGCGCUAUAACACACUUGAAACAUUCACGGCUUCCCCCAAGGAAUCCUGGGAACUGUAGUUCGUUAUGGGUGCUGAGUAGUUAAGAGGUCCCCUAUUCCCUUACACAGAGCUACAGUUCCCAGAGAAGAAGGAUUGAUUGUUAAACCAUUCUGGGAAUCGUAGCUCUGGAAAGGGGAAUAAGGGUUUCCUAACAACUCUCGGCCUGAGCAAACUACAACUCCCAGAAUCCUUGGGGGCGGGGAGUAAUGACUGUUUAAAGUAGUAUCAUAUGCUUUAAACUUAUGGUGUGACUGUGGCCUUGAGGUCCAUCUGAUUCAGCAUUGUAACUCAUCCCUCUGCCUUUCCAGGGAGUGAGCCUUCCAUAAAGUUGAUUGCUAACUAGGAAAUCUAAAUAAAUAAAAAUAAAUAUCCAGUGUUGGUGCUUAAAAGUGCCGUUGAAGCAAUACAUUUUGUUUCUGAAGUUGUAGACCAUAUGAUGUUAAGCAGGCAAGCCACUGUCCUUUCUAACAUUCCUAUUGUUAUAUGUAAUAAAAAAUUAUUUUUUAAAAAUAUAUCUUUUUAAAAAGUCGUGACGUAAGAUCUGAGUGUGGCAGUCAAAGUUAGGCACAAAGGGGGGCGGGGAGGUUUUCCUGCUUUCUCUAAAACGAAAUUUGCCUUCUGCCUCUCCUCUCCUCCAGGAUGGAAGACCAGUUUGCAGCUCUACAUGAAAACCCUGAUAUGUAAGUCCAGUGCUUUUUUUCUAGGGGGACGCAGACCCCUAAACAUUUUGCGAAUCUUUGUUCUUUUGUCCAUUUACUGUAUUUAUUUUCCCCAAUUUGUACUAUAAAAUGGUGAUUUUCUUGAAUCAAAAUGAGAGUACCCCUAAACAUUUUUUUAAAGAAAAAAAGCAUUGUGUGAGUCUAAAAACAUUGGGCUGGUGACUAGGAAACAAGGGGCUUGUUUUAACAGGCUUCCUGGUUGCCCCUUGCAUUCAUCCUGAUUCCUCUCCCAUAACAAGGUGUAUAUAAGCCCAUUUCGAUCUGCUGGGCUGGCACAGGUACAAUGCAGUACUCUUUCUGAACUUGUAAGAAAACCCUGCAGCCACUGUGUCCUCUGCUUGCCUCCCACAGAAUCAUUGCAACUCCCGGCCGGCUGAUGCACGUGGCCAUAGAGAUGAAGCUCAAGCUGCAGAGUGUGGAAUACGUGGUCUUUGACGAAGCAGACAGGUGAGUUCCUGGCCACUUGGGGGAGCGCCUAUUUUCCCAGGCAGGAGAUCAGGCCACAGCAUUUGGAAACGGGUACGUAGGAAGCCAGCUUCUGCUGAGGCAGGCCUUCGAUCCAUCUGGGUCAAUAUUGUCUACUCUGAUUGGCAGCGGCUGUCCAGGAUUUUGGACAGGUAAUCUUUCCCAGUUUUACCCGGAGAUGCCAUUGGGCAUAGAACUAGGGAUCCUCUGCAUGCAAGGCAGAUGCUCUAACCACUGAACUUCCCUUCCCUUAUACUGAGUCAGCCUCCUGGUCCAUCUAGCUCAAUAUUCUCCACACUGACUGGCAGCAGCUCUCCUGGAUUUGUAGAGUUGGAAGGGACCACAAGGGUCAUCUAGCCCAACCCCUUGCAAACUUUUUGCCCAAUGUGGGGCUCGAACCUACAGCCCUGGGAUUAAGAGUCUUAUGCUCUACCGACUGAGCUAUCAAAAAUAUCAGAGAAGGAUUUCUGCUAGUCCUGCCUGGAGAUGACAGGGAUUGAACCUGGGACCUUCUGCAAGCAAAGCAGAUGUCCUGCCUCUGAGCAGUGUUGCUUGGUUCUUCCAUUUAGGGUAGAGAAGCCUGGUGACACCUGUGUUUCUGUGGACAGUUUUGGCUUUUUUCAGUUGUGAAUUCUUGGUGGUGUGUGUACCCCAUGUGGAAAAGGAACUUCUGAGCCAAAACCAUUCAAAUUCCAAGAUUAGCUGGCUGGGGUUGAUGGGACUUGUAGUCCAAAAUAUCUGUAGAUUUCAUGAAGUCUACCCUUUAAAACUGGGAUGCGGGUGGCGCUGUGGUCUAAACCACAGAGCCUAGGACUUGCCGAUCAGAAGGUCGGCAGUUCGAAUCCCCGCGACGGGGUGAGCUUCCAUUGUUCAGUCCCAGCUCCUGCCCACCUAGCAGUUCGAAAGCACGUCAAAGUGCAAGUAGAUAAAUAGGUACCGCUCCAGUGGGAAGGUAAACGGCGUUUCCGUGUGCUGCUCUGGUUUGCCAGAAGCAGCUUAGUCAUGCUGGCCACAUGACCCAAAAGCUGUCCGCAGACAAACGCCGGCUUCCUCAGCCAAUAAAGCGAGAUGAGCGCCGCAACCCCAGAGCCGGUCACGACUGGACCUAAUGGUCAGGGGUCCCUUUACCUUUACCCUUUAAAACUAUAUAGGUUUUCUUUUUAAUGAAGUACCUUUUGUCUUUGUGAGAUAUAUAUGUUGCCAUGGAAUUCCUUCCGUAGUGUGUGGCUUUUUAAAAAUGAAACUUCGGCUUUCAAGAUAUUCUUAUAGCUUCUCAUCCCAACCCUUUCCCUGUUCUUCAACCAUCUUUGUACAGUGGUACCUCGGGUUACAGACGCUUCAGGUUACAGACUCUGCUAACCAAGAAAUAGUACAUCAGGUUAAGAGCUUUGCUUCAGGAUGAGAACAGAAAUCGUGCUCUGGCGGUAGCAGGAGGCCCCAUUAGCUAAAGUGGUACCUCAGGUUAAGAACAGUUUCAGGUUAAGAACGAAUUAAGUUCUUAACCAGAGGUACCACUGUAUUGGAAACCAGAAACUUCUUCCAGGGUUGUGCCACGCUGGAAUUCUAAGAAACAAAAAUAAAAUAAAAUAAAUAAAAAUAUGUUUUAAUGUUGCUGUAAACUGCCCUGGUGGUUUGUGAGUGGAAGAUGUAGAAAUACUUCGGUCAAUAAACACAUAGCAAACAACUUUCCAAAAUAGAUAACAGAAGAACACUUCGUUUAAAAAAAGGGGGGGUUCCCAAUGGGUGCUCUGAAGUGCUGCAGUCCUGGGGAGGGGGCUGUAUCACGUACAUGUAGAGGGCUGUACCAUGUCUGUAGCCAGGCAUUUGCUUGGCUGAAUCUCGUUGUAUAUUUUUCAGAUCCUCUGCCCUGCCGCUUGUUCUUCUCCUGUUUGCUUUCUGUGUCUCCUCAAAACGCCUUUUCCCGCUUACCUUGCCAGGCUCUUUGAGAUGGGCUUUGCAGAGCAGCUGCAGGAGAUCAUCUCGAGGCUGCCUGAGAACCGCCAGACUGUUCUCUUCUCUGCCACCCUGCCAAAACUUCUCGUGGAGUUUGCUCGAGCCGGUAAGGAGACGGACCUGGUCUCGGGUGCCGCCUUUGCAUACCGGAGGCCCGAUCUCACAGUUCCCCGGAGAGAGAGGGAUUGACCGUGAAACCACUCUGGGAACCGUAGCUCUGUGAUGGGAAUAGGGGAGGUCUCUUAGCACCCUUAGCAAACAGCAUUUCCUGGGAUUCAUGACUGUUUUUAGUGGUCGGAGAGUCCUUUUAAAUAAAUCCCCCACUCCCAUUGAUCUAGAUUGCUGAGAGCAUCUGGAAAAUACCUUUAUCCUCAUUAUAGAGUGAGAUGUAACCAGGGUAGAUAAAAAUCAAUAAUUAAAAUAAAAAUUAGAAAAGCAGAUUCUUUUUUAUUUAAAUCAGAUUUUUUUUAUUUAAAUCGGGGUUUUUUUUUCCAAAAAAAUGCUUUUGGAGGAAAAAUCUUUCUAAAGAUAGUUUUCUAUUUAAGUUGCAUUAUAGUCCAAAGGCUAUUCAUCAGGAAAUAAAGGUUUGUUUUAAGUUUUUCAUGUGUGCUAAAACUCAGUCUGGUGGUGGUGUUUUUUUUUAAAAAAGUUUAACUACAUCAGUUAACAAACGUGGAUACAUAUGCUAUAAUGUUAUUGUUUUAGUCAAAUAAAUUGUUUAAAUUGUUAUUAAAGAAAUUACUAUUUUUCUCCUUCCAAUAAAGUACAGCAGAAAAGUUGUCCUAAUAUAAACAGUUAACUUAUUAAACCUCACAAUAAUUUCAUAAUUAUCAGUCUAUGUAUUUUUAAUAGUAUAACCAAAUCAGUAAUUUUUGAUGUAAAAUAAAGUAGUUUUGAUAUAAACUACUCUGAAAAUUUAUUAUUCCAAAAAUGAAACCUUCAUCUGGUUGUAAAUAUUAAGAUUAUACCAGCAAGAAUGAGUCUUUCUGUAAAAAAAAAAAAGAUUUGAAUCAAGUCUUACUGACUAGUGAUUUAAAUCGUGAUGUAAAUCGAUUUGAUUUAAAUCAAAUCCACCCUGCUGAGAUCAUCUGGAAAAUCCAGAGCGAAAUGUAGCUUCAUAUUCUCUCCCCUCUGCCCAAACUUCCUUUCCACAGGUCUUACAGAGCCGGUGUUGAUCCGAUUGGAUGUGGAAUCCAAGCUGAGCGAGCAGCUCAAGGUAAGCAGGAAGCAUGGAUAUCUUGGAAGGGGCAGUUUGGGGAAGGGGAGGAGUUUGGCAUUGGGAUCUGCCGAAACUGGGGAGCGAGGCACAUGUGGCCUUUCGUAUGGCUUCCCUGUUGCUGCUCCUCUAGUCUGCUUGAGCCAACUUGGCGGUUCUGCUAACUCAGGGGUGGGGAACCUCUGCCUCGGUGACCAACUGCGGCCCUUGAGAGCUCUCUCGGGUAUUAUUUGCUUGGCUGGAGUAUGCCCUUAAUAUUGCUCCUCCCUUGCCUGAAUGGAGGAUAGAGAGGAGGCUAUAUUUUUGUGUGUCUGCCCAGUAUCAGUGGGCAGAGACUUCCAAAAUGCAGGCUUUGCCGUACUGACGGAUCAUUAUUAUUAUUAUUUGGCACUUGUAAAAAAUGCCAGUUUUCAUCCUUGAGUUUGGGGUUUGCGUGUGUGUGUAGGGAACAAAUGAGGUUUUAAAAUGGCGGCUUUAAACAACAGUGGAGGUCUGCAGAAAGCAGGGAUGGAGGAGCACAGAAGAUAUACAGGGGUUUGAAGUAGCUGUGAGGAGAUGGUGGGUUGGGGGAAAUGUAAUGGGGCAGGGUGGGGUACUGGCAACCAGUGGGUAAGUGGGGGUCAUAGCUGUCAACUUUUCCCUUUUCUUGUGAGGAAUCCUAUUCGGAAUAAGGGAAUUUCCCUUAAAAGAAGGGAAACGUUGGCCGCUGUGGUAGGGGUUGGUGAGCAGGGGCAGCAGCCCAUGUGUGUGUAUCUAACUACAGUGGUACCUCGGGUUACAUACGCUUCAGGUUACAUACACUUCAGGUUACAGACUCCGCGAACCCAGAAGAAUUACCUCGGGUUAAGAACUUUACUUCAGGAUGAGAACAGAAAUCGUGCUCCGGCGGCAGCAGGAGGCCCCAUUAGCUAAAGUGGUGCUUCAGGUUAAGAACAGUUUCAGGUUAAGAAUGGACCUCCGGAAUGAAUUAAGUACUUAACCCGAGGUACCACUGUAUAUCCUAAGCUGCAAGGAGGCAUAAAAAGCUCCCUUAUACCAGAUUAGGUUGACUUUGAGUGGUUAGUCUCAGGGCAAUUUUUCUAGCAAAAAGGCUCACCAUGAAUGCCUCCCUUGUCCUCUUAUCAUGGCAAUGAUCCUGGAACUGAGUUUCGGUGAGUUCUGGCUGGGAAAAAAAGGCCUGGUUCAGCCAAUCUGUCACCCUCCUGUUGUCAAAAAUGUCGUAUUGUGGAGAGGGUGUCAGACUGGCGAAGACUGAGCUAGACCCUUCCAAGCUGGGAGAAAACUCAGCAGGCACCAACACUGACAAUUAAACACCUAAUCAUCCUCACAGCUGUCUUUCUAUCAUGUGCGUGCUGAUGACAAGCCAGCCCUCCUGUUGUACCUGCUGAGGACAGUCGUAAGACCGCAGGACCAGACGAUUGUCUUUGUGGCCACAAAACAUCAUACGGAAUAUCUGAAAGAGGUAUGCAGCUUGAUGAGUUUUGUGUCAUUGGCGGCAUUCACAUGGCGAUUCACACCAUUUUUGCUGCUGUCAGCAAGAUUUCAGGUCGGUAGGCAUAUUAUCCUCUAAUAAACAGGACUGACAUGGGGCUGAGUCUACACGUAACCCCUGUGAUAUUUGAUGGUUAUGCUUUUAAGUUUUCCUUUACAAGUUGGAUUGUCUACACAGGACAGGAAUGGGUUGUGGUGGUGGUGGUGGUGGUUGUUGUUAUUUCCCGCCUUUUCCCCCAGACUCAAGGUGGCUUACAGAUAAAAUAGAAACAAGUAAAAACUUAGGGGGGGAAGUCAUUGAAAAGUUAUUAAACACCAAUAAAAUUAAAACUAUAUGUCUCUUUAUAUACACGUAAUAGGCCCACAACUUACACACAUGCACUUUAGGCACAUGGCAAAAAAAGAAAAGAAUAGAAAUGGGAUGGAGUUUCAGGUAAAAUGACUUUGGCAAUCUUCACCCAUCAUUGAAACCAAGCUGUUUUGACUACACACGAUUUUGGCUUUAGGCGCAGUCCCCAAAACAUAGCCCCUGCCUAAGUUGCAGGCUUAUUGUAUGUACAUGCAAAAUAUCUAUUAAAGACACAGACAUUACAAUAAAAGCAUCACGGCAGCAAAAUGAAUUUUCUUCGAAACGAUGAGGACUAGAAACUUGCUGGGUGUUUAAAGAAAAGGGUGAAGAAGUUCUAAAGCUCCAAUCCCAAUUUCAGUCCUGUUCUGUACCCCAUGGACACCUGGAGAACUCAAGUGAUACUUUUGAUUUCUCCUUACUUACUGACCUUCAGUUUGUUUCCUCUCACUGAUGCUCCUGCAGCUGUUGACAGCCCAGGGUGUGAACUGCACGCAUGUCUACAGCUCCCUGGACCAGACGGCCCGGAAGAUCAACGUGGGCAAGUUCAUCCAUGGCAAGUGCUCGGUGCUGAUCGUCACCGACUUGGCCGCCCGGGGCAUCGACAUCCCUCUCCUGGACAAUGUCAUCAACUACAGCUUCCCGGCCAAAGCCAAACUCUUCCUGCACCGUGUCGGUGAGUUCUUGAGGUCCGGCACCUUGUGCAGCUUAAGUUGUGAAAGCUGCCUUAAGUCGGUUCACCUAGACCAGCAUCUUAAGGGUCUGGGUGCAGAGGUGGGAGGAACAACAGCCUGGGGAGUAAAGCAUACGCUUUGCAUGGUGUUUUAUGAGUGUUCCACCCCUCAUUGGCUACUGUCAAGCAGGAACUGGAAGCACCUGUCAAACUGCAUAGGGACUGGAACCCUUUGACUGCAACACAUGGGGCUCUGUAGCUGUUCAGCUUUGCCCAAAUGGUCACUCUUUUUUACAGCACUGGUUGGAGAUUCAAGCUUAGAAGACAGAUUAAACAGACCUUUUGUGCCAUCCAACAUUUCUCUUCUCUGUUUUGCUUUCUCCAGGCAGAGUGGCCCGGGCAGGAAGAAGUGGUACUGCUUACUCCCUGGUGGCGCCGGAUGAGACCCCCUAUGUUUUUGACUUGCACCUCUUCCUAGGCCGGCCCCUCGUCCUUGCCAACCCUCACGAGAAGCCCACAGGUAGGUCUGCCCUCAUUGGGUGGCAAUAAUUAGCAGGCAUGCCCUUGGGAAUUGAUUUUUCUUUAUUGCAAGUAUAAUAGAUUGGUCAAAAAAGGUUGCUGCCACAAUUGCUCACAGGGCUAUCGUGCAAUAUGUUGUAUGUUUUAUUCCUUUGUUCUGUUACAUUUUGCAAAUUUAGAAACCUCUUUAUCCCCUGAGGCCAUCAAAGCAGUAUACAACACAGUUAAAAGAAGACAAAAUGCAAAUUCUCACAAUUCAAAGCACUUCUACAAAUUCUAAAAACAGUAGAACCAUCCUUACAGCUGUGCAAUUAGUUAGUAUUUCAUACAUGAUUAGGUCACAUUCUUAAACAAAAACAUCUUUGGUAGACUCCUCAAUAUUGUGAUGUCUUAGUUUCUGUGGGAAGCUGAUUCCAGAGGGCUGGAGCUGCAACACUAAAAGCCUGGUUUUAUCACAAACUGGGCACACUACUGGGGCAUAUGAUACUCAGCAGUGCCCCAUCUAAGGAAAGCAGUUCCUGGGCAUGGAUAUAUGGGGUGAGGUGGUCCCCUAUGUAACCUAGUCCCAAGGUUACAAAAGCCUGCUGGAUCAGGUCGGUGGUCCAUCUAGUCCAGAAUCCUGUUCUCACAGUGGCCACCCAGAUGACUGGAGUAAAUCUGCAGGCAGCAGGACCUGAAUCCAAGAACGCUUUCCCUGCCGCUGUUCCAGCAACUGCUAUUCAGAAGCAUUAAUGCCCUUAACCUUUGUGGUUAGUACCCAUCGAAAGUUCUUUCCUCCACAAAUUGGUCUAAUGCUCUUUCAAAGGUUGGUGGCCAUCACUUUGGGAGAGAGUUUUAGCUGUGCAGGAAGAAGUUUACCUGUCUUCCCACAUUUGUUGGAAGUCUCUGAGUUUCUAGUAUUAUGAAAGCAAGAGAGAACCUUUCCCUCUCUCCAAAGCCACGUCUGGAACUAACACAAUCGGAGCUGGUCUUGCCACUUUCUCCUCUCCCCUCCCAAUUUUAUACACCAUUUUUCUCCUUUUUAUGACUCCUGCACUCAAUGAACGACCUCAUUAUACCCUCACAUUACAUGUUUGUUUGUUUGGUUGGUUGGUUGGUUGGUUGCAUGCUACACAAAAUCAGCAGGAUGUACAGUGGUACCUCUGGUUAAUUCAUUCCAGAGGUCCGUUCUUAACCUGAAACUGUUCUUAACCUGAAGACCACUUUAGUUAUUGGGUCUCCCACUGCUGCUGCGCCACCGCUGCGCGAUUUCUGUUCUCAUCCUGAAGCAAAGUUCUUAACCCGAGGUACUAUUUCUGGGUUAGUGGAGUCUGUAACCUGAAGCGUCUGUAACCCGAGGUACCACUGUAUGCAUAAAAUUUUGGGAUGGUAAAAAAAAAGGUCCCCCCCCCCCCGGUGAUAUCAAGGUGAAUACCUGGGGAAAGAGUAUUCCACAGCUGUGGCACCAGCACCAAGAAGGCCCUUCUAUGAUAGCCACCCAUUCCUCUGUCAGAAGCCCUGAAACAGCUCCCUGACUGCUUCACUUUCCCCCCUUUCAGAUACAGACGGCAUCUUUGGCCGUGUCCCUCAGAGCAUCAUUGACGACGAGGAGAGCCUGCUGCAGACGGACCACGAGCGCUCGCUGGAUCUGCAGAGCCUCCGGCGAGUCUCUGACAAUGCCCAGAAACAGUACCUGAAGUCGCGGCCUGCUCCGUCGCCCGAGUCCAUCAAGAGGGUCAAGGAAAUGGACUUCAGCCUGCUGGGCAUCCACCCCUUGUUCAGUGAGUAGCUUACUAAAAAAUAAUAAUUUUAUUAUUUAAACAUCUUGGAGGUCCCAGGCCACAAGGAGCUUAGGCUGGCCUCAACCAGAGCCAGGGCUUUUUCGGCUGUGGCUCCAAUCUGGUGGAACGCUCUGUCACAAGAGACUAGGGCCCUGCGGGACUUGACAUCUUUCCGCAGGGCCUGCAAGACAGAGCUGUUCCACCAGGCCUUUGGCCAGGGCACAGCCUGACUCCCUCCUUUGGCAAUCUUCACAGAACUCUAGCCCAAUGGUUGUCAUCAAUUUUAUUUGAAUUAAUUUUAUAAUGAAAUGAUUUUAGAAUGUUGUAUUAUUUUAUUGUUGUUAGCCGCCCUGAGCCCAGCUUUGGCUGGGGAGGGCAGGAUAUAAAUAAACAUUUAUUAUUAUUAUUAUUAUUAUUAUUAUUAUUAUUACCCUACCCAUCUGGCUGAGUUGCCCCAUUCCUAGUCUGCUGCUGCUGCACCACACGGGGGUAACCUUCCCCUCCCUGCUUUGUGUCCCCGAAGGUCUUCGCUUUGAAGGGGAAGAGAUGGAGCGGCUGAAAUUCGUGGACAGCAUCAAAAGUUACCGUUCCAAGGCGGUGAGUGUCGCGAGGGACCCCUAGCAGCAGACCCCUUGCCUCUUGGCAUUAAGGGAGCCCUGGCAUGUGCCCAGUGUAGCUGCAUGCCGCGCAAGGGCAGGGUUCGAUUCUGCUUUGCCCUGACAAACGUCGCCACCCCCCUCCCCUGCUGCUGUUUCUAGACCAUCUUUGAAAUCAACGCCACCAACAAGACUCUGGCCAGCGACGUCAUGCGGGCCAAACGUAACCGGGACUGCCAGCUCAUUGACCGGCACCAGCGGAAGCAGCAGGAGAGGCUCUCCUUGGCGGCGGAGAAGGUCCAACGUCUUGCUGUGCCGGCGACUGCAGAGCAAGACCCAGAGGAAGAGGAGGAACGCAUUCAGGUAGGGAUGCGGUUGGGGCUGGUGGGCUUCCUCUCAGAUUCAGAACAGACUGGGGAACCCGUAUCCUUGCAAUGCUACCCUUGGACGUCUGUGGCUACCCUUGGAUGCCUGUUCUGGAGGCUCCAACUGGAGCAAAAUGCUGGACUACUGGUGGUGGACCAGCACGUGACUCUGGUGCCCCAAAAUCUGCACUGGCUGCCCAUAGGCUACUGGGACAGGUUCAGGGUUCUUGCAUUCUUUUUCAGGGUCCUGAACAACUCUGGUCCAGGACACCUGAGGGACCUCCAGAUUCCUUAAAUCCAUGCCAGAUCACGGAGGCAAUUGGGGGAGCUGCUGUUAGUGGUCUCCCAAGGCUUGGAUGCAUGGCUUAUAUCCACCAGGAUCCAAGCUUGUAGUCAAGCAGUAUAUAAAUUGUUUAAAUAAAUUUCACAGUUGGAAAAUCUGGAAUCCAUAACUUCUGAACCUUAAUGCUAAUCUGCUGACCGUGGUGAGGGUCUGAGAGCUACUUUAAGAUGGUGACAGUCCCACCACCACCAUCAUCACCACCACCAUCUCCUUCAGUGGUUGGAAAUCAGAGACUACACCUGACGUGGACUUUUGAAAAUUAUUUUUAAACUUGGUGGGGGUUGUUGUUGUAUAAACGGCCUUUUAAAAGACAUCUGAAGGCAGCCCUGUUUAGGGAAGCUUUUAAUGUUUAAUAGGUUAUUGUAUUUUAAUAUUCUGUUGGAAGCCGCCCAGAGUGGCUGGGGAAACCCAGCCAGAUGGGUGGGGUAUAAAUAAUAAAAUAUUAUUAUUAUUAUUAUUAUUAUUAUUAUUAUUAUUAUUAUUACCAACACAAUUUUAACAGGACAAAACAAUCCUUUCCCACCCCUUAGAGGAAACAAGGGGAGUUUAUUGUAAAAUUUUAAAAACAAGAAAUCCAAAAACAUUAAGGGGUCAGUACAGCCCAUCAAAAAGCAUCACAGUUCUAGUCCUCAAUGUUCGUAGCAGACGGAGAGUUUUGUAAGCUGCUGAGAGAUGUGUUUGUGUUCCUCUCGAACGUGGAAGAUGAUGUUUGCCUUCUGUGCGGCACUCAAGCACUUGCCUGUUGGAGACGGGGGAUGGCGGCCCCCUCAAUAUAGGGGGGGGGGGCUCGGACCCCUGUCCCAAAAUAUUGAGGGGGCCGAAGUCCCUUCAUCCCCUAUAGUUGGCACCCCUGUUGGUGUGCUUGGGGAAAGCGCAGGCCUGAUGGCACCCUCCCUAGGAGUAAUGCAGAACCACAGAGAACCAUGUACCCAGUGGAACUGGCCCGCCUUUCUGAAUAUCGAGGGUUGCUAACCGUUCUUAACAUUUCCACACACACCCAGGAUGUUUUCUCCAGCGUGGUGGGAAGGAAGCGGAAGCAGCCCCUGGAUGGAAAGGACACCGGGAAGAAGCAGAGGCUGGCGACGCAGCAGCAAGGAGAGUUCUACAUCCCAUACCGGCCGAAGGACUUUGAGAGCGAACGAGGGUAGGUGGCAGCAGUGGGAGAACGCUAGCGGCCAAAAUUGUGGAAACCUUUUGGGGAAAGUGUAUGUCCGAGGUUUGAUGGCUCAUAACACCCGAUCGGCUCUCUAAACACCCGUGCUCACUGGCUACAUUCAAAUGAAGAAAAGCUGCUGCAUAUCAGCCUAAGCAAGUUGUACUUCCUUUUUCUGGUUAUUUGGCUAUAACUUUUGAUAGAAUACAGAUAAUUGAACAAACUUUGUUGCAUUACAUUUAUUUUUUUAUUUUUCUUUAUUUUUUACCAACAACCAAAACCCAACAGUGAAACCCCCCCAGGCGGCUGAUACAUUGAGUAUACAUAAUCAAUAAUAACAUAUUCAAAUCGACCAUAUGCACAAUUCUAUAUACAUUAACACUUUUCGCUCCACAAGGUUUAUUUAACUUGGUUGCAUUACAUUCUUCAUUAAAUUAUCUUUCCAUUGAUAUAUAAUUUUAUGGUGUUACUCAAAAUAGGAAAAAGUGGUGGUGUGAGCCAUCAAACCUCAGAAAUACACUUUUCCCAAAAGGUUUCCACAAUUUUGGCCACUAGUGUAGUCUCCAGUCCGAAGGGUCCUAGCUCAGUGGUAAAGCAUGAGAAUAUAGGGCAGGAUUUUUAGGUUAGAGACUGGGAGAGUUAAGAGACGAUAGAAUACAAAUUAUGCGUAGUGUGCAGAAAGGGGAUAGAGAAAAGUGUUCCUCCUUCUCUCUUGUCCAGGGGUCAAGAUUCCUAUUUGGGCAUCUGGCUUCACUGGUGUGAGAACAGGAUGCUGGACUAGAUGGUCCAUUGGCCUGAUCCUGCAGGGCUCUGCUCUGCUUGUGUUCUCACAGGAUGCUGUCUCUCUAUACUGAGUUUGGUAUUGUCUACACAGACUGGGAGCAGCUGCCCAAGGUUUCAGACAGGGGAGCCUUUCCCUGUCCUUACCUGGAGAUGCCAGGAUUGAACCUCUGGCCUUCUGCAUUCAAAGCAGGUGUUCUGCUGCGGAGCUGCGGCUCUUCUCCCAAGCAGAAGACCUUCUUCGGCUGCAGAAAGUCCUAGGUUCAACUCCCUGGCCUCUCCCGUUAAAAGGGUCCAGGUGAUGGGGAGAGACCUGUCUCCACCUGGGACCCUAGAGAGCCCCUGGCAGUCGGAGCAGACAGCUUUGAGGCGAAUGGGCGAGUGGUUUGACCCGGAGUACAGCUGGUGGCUUUCUUUCCUGACCUCAGCCUCCUCUCAAAUGCCCAGGUUGUGCAUUGGUGGGGAAGGCACGGCGUUCGAGCAACAGGCUUCCGGAGCCGUCCUUGACCUGAUGGGCGACGAGAAUCGGAACAUGAGCAACAGCAAGCAGCUCUUGAAAUGGUGAGUAGGGCUCAUAAUCAAAGGGGUUUGCGUGGCUGUUCUGUUUUGUUUUUGUAAGUGGGGCAGGGCGGCAGAAAUGUAACCGUUCAAAAACCUUUCUCGUCAACGGAAGGCUCCUAAUAAUAACCAUGAAUUUGUGCAUGGUGAAUUUAUGUCUCUCCACCCCCUGCCCCCAGAAGCCUGGGGUGGAAAAUGCACCCACAACUGAAAACCAAAUCAGUCAUUCUAGAACGUUCUAGAAACAUUCCUUCAUCCCUUCAAACACACAUAUUUGAUGCCUCCCCCUCCCACAUUGAAUGUGGUUGUGCAGGGGUUGGUAAUGGAUGUUUGCCUGUUUGUUUGGAGGUUUUUUUUACUCUUACCUUUUUUAUUUAUUUCAUUUAUACCCCACCUUUCCUCGGGGGAGCUCAAGGUAGUCUACGUACUUCUCUCCCCCCCCCCAUUUUAUCCUCACAACAACGUCCCUGUGAGGUAGGUUAGGCUGAGAGAUGACUGGCCCAAGGUCACCCAGUGAGCUUCAUGGCUGAGUGGGGAUUCGAACCCUGCUCUCCCAGGGUCCUAGUCCGACACACUAACCACUACACCAUACUAGCUCUUGAGGGGGGCGGGAGAGAUGUAGGUAUUCUGCCUAUUUGUGGGGAGGAGAGUGGUGGCGAUUCUGAGCACUUCCAGUUUCUGUGCCAUGAAAGGGGUAUUUUGUGGUGCCCACAACAGUUCCUUAGAUUUUCAAAUGGGACUUUGGGCACCAAACAGCUUGGAGUAGGAGCUGCGUUGUACAGCGAGCUUAUUCUACAUAAGAUCAUUAUGUAGCCCAAACAGCACCAUCUGGGUGGUAUCGGCAGGUUUCGAAGAUUUUCAGAAAUAAGAUUUUUAGCUGGGGGAAAUCCUGACAAAACAGCUUACUUGAGGGACUCCACUUGCUUAUGGAAAACAUCUGGCUGUUCGGAGGGUAGGGGGAGAAAAAUAGGGUUUUUAACGUGUGUGUGUGUGUGUGUGUGUGUGUGUGUGUGUGUAAGUAAUGGAGUAUUCUGGAUAAGGGCCUGGCUGGCUGCAGGAGAACCCCCACAAUGCACCUUGUCUCAGAUCUCAUUUGGUAAUCUCUACAGUGAAGUCGGUGCUAUUUAGCAGCAAGAACAUCACAAUGUGCGCACAAUCACCACUAUUCUCAAAUGACCUUGAAUGGUUUUAUCGUUUAUCAUCAUUAGGUUUCCAAGGUUUGGCAUGGGCGGAUAACCUUUAACGGUAACCUAUUACUUCAGUGAAAGCUUGAUUAACAACAAACAUCGUCUUAUACUUCCCACAAUGAGCUACUAAUAAUAAAUUUGGUGGGCUGUUGGGGGGGAAACACACAAGGCCAUCUGUUGAUACAUAAAACAUUAGCCUGGGUUUCCAGUCAGCCUUUGCUAGGUUGCUCUGAAGCUGCUUGUGUGCCAUUUUGCGUUUGUAGCCAGGAUUGUGACAGCCUAAGCACUCUCAGCACCCUGAGCAAACAGCUCCCACAAUUCUUUGGGGGGAAGCCAUGACUGUUUAUAGAGUGGUAUUGCCCCACUUUCAAUGUACGGCAUGAAUGGGGCCUAGCUUCAGAUGCACAUCAACUGAUAGUUAGUGUAGCCAUAAUGCAAACUGAUGGUGGCUUCUUCUUUUUUCUUAGUAUUAUUCAUCAAUAGUUAUUUUCUUUUAAAAAUUUCCUUCUUUUUUUUUAAUUUGCAAGUACAAAUUCUUGUUUCAAAGGGGUGAGCAGUUCCAAAGUUCACUCCUUUGAAUGACAGGGGUGGGACCCGAAAGCAAGGGUUGGGGAGACCCUUCAGAUGUUGCAAUUGCCCUCAUAGCUGUCAACGUUUUCCUUUUUUUAAGAGAAAUUCCCUUAUUCCGAAUAGGAUUCCUCGCAGGAAAAGGGAAAAGUUGACAGCUAUGAUUGCCCUCCCAAUGCCCGCUGAGCCUGCUGGGAGUUGGAGUCCCAGCGACAUCUUGAGGGAGCACCAGGCCUAACUGUUCCUGCCCUAAAAGAUUUUCCAUCAGUUCAACCAACAGGUGGUGGUCAAUUCUUUUAUUAAAUCUGUAUAACCACCGUUCAUCCGCAGAUCUCGGGGUGGCUCACAACACAAAUGUACAAGAUGAAAACACAAAAUACAUAAUCAAAACAAGAACAACAAAAAGCACACAAUCCAAUAAAACCUGCUCCCCGCCCCCAAACAGUCCCUUCCCCACAAACACAUUUAAAGGGCAUCAGAUAUCAAUUGGCCAAAGGCCUGGUUGGAGAGGAAUGUUUUCGCCUGGCGCCUAAAAGUGUAUAAUGAAGGUGCCAGCCGAACCUCCUUGGGGAGAGCAUUUUGCUCUACAGUGGUACCUCGGGUUACAGACACUUCAGGUUACAGAUGCCGCUAACCCAGAAAUAGUACCUCAGGUUAAGAACUUUGCUCCAGGAUGAGAACAGAAAUCGUGCAGCGGCAGCAGGAGGCCCCAUUAGCUAAAGUGGUACCUCAGGUUAAGAACCGUUUCAGGUUAAGAACGGACCUCCAGAACGAAUUAUGUUCUUAACCUGAGGCACCACUGUAUUUGUGUUUGUGUCUCUCUUCUCCAGGGAUCGGAAAAGGAAGAGGUUUGUGGGGCAGACGGGCCAGGAGAAUAAGAAGAAGAUCCGAACGGAAAGUGGUGCCUACAUCAGCAGCUCCUACAAAGGCAACCUGUAUCCUUCCAGCUGCAAAUGGCUCCAUGGUAGAGCAUGCAGUAGAUGCCAGGUCCAUCACCGUCUGAAAUCCUGGGCAGCUGCUGCCAGUCAAUGAAGACAACACUGAGCUAGAGGGACCAAUGGCCCGAAUCAGUAUAAGGCAGCUUCCUAUAGCAUUCCUGUAUCGUACAGAAGGGUGAGAGGGCAAACAGAUAGGGGCCACGUAGCUGUUGGUUUGGGGAUAGAGGAAAUGAGCCUGGAGAAUAGAUUAUUGAGGACAGGAGGCGAUAAUAUUCUUCAGAAGCCGAAGCACUGUCAUAUCAAAGAGGGCAAUGGCUUGUUCUGUACAGUGGUACCUCAGGUUACAUAUGCUUCAGGUUACAGACUUUGCUAACCCAGAAAUAGUGCUUCAGGUUAAGAACUUUGCUUCAGGAUGAGAACAGAAAUCAUGCUCCAGCUGCGCAGCAGCAGCGGAAGGCCCCAUUAGCUAAAGUGGUGCUUCAGGUUAAGAACAGUUUCAGGUUAAGAACGGACCUCUGGAACGAAUUAAGUACUUAAACCGAGGUACCACUGUACUAGAUUAUAGCAGGGUAGAUUUCAGUUGAAUGAGAGGACAAGCUUCUUAAUGUCAAAAGAAGUUUGGCAGAGGCAGCAGUUCCCCACAAGACUUGCUAAAGAGUUGCUGCCCUCUCGAGCUCCUCAAGCAUCCACUGGGAAGCCAUCUCCUCUUUUGAUGAGGUUGGGGAGAAAGGGUGCCUGGAGAGCAAGCAGCCUACGGUCUAUAUUGGCACACUGCUUGGAAAGAGUAUUGAUGGUGUGGUUUCCUGACCUCGCGUACCCCAGCUACGACAAAUGGAAAAAGAAGAACAAGAUAGAUGAUCAGGAUUCGGACUCAGAUCGAGAAGGAGAGCGCAGAGCUGGGAAGAAGCGGAGAGGCAGGGGUGAGUGUUUACCCAGGGAGGGGACAUGGUAUAUGAGUGGUUUCCCCUGGCUCCCUCUUACAACUUAAGAGUCUAUUUCAGCAUCCCUAAAGAAAAGACAUUAUGGGCGGUAUUUCAUUCACCCUACCACUUUUGGCAGGAGGUGGAAAAUAGGCCCAUCUUUUAAGGUAUAAAUCAAAACAUUUUGCUCUUGGGAGAGGUCGUCGUGUUGGCAUAUGGAGAAACAUGUUUGAGGCAGGGUAGUUCUUCAAGCUUUCAAGUCUUCUGGCAUUCCUAACAGCAGCUUGUAGAAAUAAUAAUAAUAAUUUAUUAUUUUUACCCCACCCAUGUGGCUGGGUUUCUCCAGCCACUCUGGGUGGCUACUAACAGAAUUAAAAUCACAUUAAAACAUCAAACAUUAAAAACUUCCCUAUACAGUGGUACCUUGGGUUACAUAUGCUUCAGGUUACAGACUCCGCUAACCCAGAAAUAGUACCUCGGGUUAAGAACUUUGCUUCAGAAUGAGAACAGAAAUCGUGCGGCGGCGGUGCAGCAGCAGCAGGAGGCCCCAUUAGCUAAAGUGAUACCUCAGGUUAAGAACAGUAUCAGGUUAAGAACGGACCUCCGGAACAAAUUAAGUACGUAACCAGAGAUACCACUGUAUAGGACUACCUUCAGAUGUCUUCUAAAGGUUAUAUAGUUACUCAUCUCCUUGACAUCUGAUGGGAGGGCAUUCCACAGGGCAGCCGCUACCACCGAGAAGGCCCUCUGCCUGGUUCCCUGUAACCUCACUUCUUGCACGGAGGGAACCGCCAGGAUGCCCUCGGUGCUGGACCUCAGUGUCUGGGCUGAACUAUGGGGGUGGAGAUGCUCCUUCAGGUAUUCUGAGCCAACGCCAUUUAGGGCUUUAAAGGUCAGGGCCAACACUUUGAAUUGUGCUCAGAAACGUACUGGGAGCCAAUGUAGGUCUUUCAGGACCGGUGUUAUAUGGUCUUGGUGGCCACUCCACGCCUACAGUGACCAGAACAUAACACACACACACACACACACACACACACACACACACACACACAUUGUAUUCUUACUGUACUUCAAUGGAAUAAUAAUGCGCACAUUUGUGAUUCCUUCUGAAGGUGCCCACCCUGCCCCGGCUUCCCACGGCAGCCGCGGCCCCCAGCAGGGGAAGAUCCGCUCCGAGCUGAAAACCAAGCAGCAGAUCUUGAGGCAACGGAAGAAGGCAGCCAAACAGCGCUUCCUACAGAGCGGCAGCUUGAAGCGCCUGAAGUCGCGCAACCGGCAGCGGGUGCAAGAGAUGCGCCAGACGGCCUUCGGGCGAGGGGCAGCCAAGAAGGGCAAGAUGCGGAAGAGGAUGUAGGCGGGGGCAAAGCCGGUGCGAGCAGGCUUCCGAGAGCUCCGCCGACAACCGUCAUUUAUUUGCUGUGUAAACUCUGGGGAAGAUUAAAAUCACCCUUUUACCAAGCUUC